AUGGCAAUUUGGAACCAUAAAUAUUCAAUGAACGAUCUAAAAUAGAGGGACAUUAAUCAAUAUAGCAAUAUUAAUUAUUUUAGACUUUAACAUAAAAAGAAUGGGCUACAUUCCUUAUUGAGUAUUCUGUGGCCAUCAUGAAGAAAUUGANAAAACUCAUAACUCCAAGAUCAACUCAACCAAUUACAAAAUGAAAAAUCAACCUACACAGAAGAAGUUAAUAAAUUGAAAAAAUAGAUUAUUCAACUUAAAAAUGAAAACCAAUAUUUAGAAGAAUAAUAUGAAUCUUCAAAAUCAGAAAUUACAAAAUUCAAGGAAUCGGCACAUUCAUUCAAUUAACUUCAAGUCUAAACUGAAAAAUUGAAUAAUGAAAUUGAGAAUUAUAAAAUUCAAAAUUCAGUUUUAGAAAAUAAAUACUAAUAAGCAUUCAAAAAGGCUAAACAAUUAGAAGAAAAAGUGCAAUUCUCACACUUUAACAAAAUUGAAAGAUCAACCAACACUUAAUUCAAUGAAAUUCCAGAAUAUGUGCAAUAAAAUACUCAAAUUACGCAACUAGAAGAAUAAGUAAAUGAAUACAAAAGGAAAAAUGAUAAAUUAACCUAUGAGUUGCAAUUUACUAACAAUAAGUUCAAAACCUUAGAAUAAGAACUAUCUUAAUUUAAAUGUUAGGUCAUUCAAUAUCAAACUUAAUUAACUUAGUUCAAAGAUUAAUGCAAUAGAUUUGAAACUGAAAAUGCUAAACUAAAGAUUUUGAUCAAACAGUUGGAAUAAGACUAAAACAACAAGGAGAAAGUGUAAAACAAGAGUCAAAAUGAUUAUUAGAAAUAAAUAGAUUCGUUAAAAGAUUAAUUAAAAUAGAAUAUAGAUAAGGUAAUACACAUCAUAUAUAUUAUAUUUUAGUUAGAGCAAGUCAAAGAAAAGUAUCGAUAAGCAAAGGAGAAAAUAGAAAAAUAAAAUGAUAUUAUUGAAUAAUAGAAUGAUGAACUCACUAUGCAAAACAUGACUUUUCUUAAGGAAUUGCAAUUAAUCGCAAAGAGGUAGGAAUAAUUUGGAAUAGUUUGA